AUGACCCAAGAAACAAGACAUCCAGAACACCAGUACCUCGAUCUGAUUGCCCACAUCCUCGAAAAGGGUGUCAAGAGGCAAGACAGAACCGGCACAGGAACCCUGUCCAUCUUCGGGGCAUCAAUGAGGUUUUCCCUCGAAGACAACACAUUUCCCCUGCUGACAACAAAGAGGGUCUUCUACAAAGGCAUUGUCGAGGAGCUUCUGUUCUUCCUGAGGGCCCAGACAGACUCCGCCAUCCUCGAGAAAAAAGGUGUCAUGAUCUGGAAGAAAAACGGAUCCAAGCAGUUCCUGCAGUCCAUGGGUCUGGACAGAGAGGAAGGAGAUUUAGGCCCAAUAUACGGGUUCCAAUGGAGGCAUUUCGGUGCAGAGUACCAGACAUCCAGCUCAGACUAUAAGGGCCAGGGCAUCGACCAGAUCAGGGAUGUGAUCGAGUCGAUCAAGAACAACCCAGAGAGCCGAAGGAUGGUUGUGUGUGCAUGGAACCCCCUGGCCCUUCCCAAGAUGGCUCUCCCUCCCUGCCAUGUUCUCUUCCAAUUCAAUGUGAUGGAUGGAAAGCUGAACUGUGCAAUGUACCAAAGGUCGGGAGACAUGGGCCUGGGCGUGCCCUUCAACAUAGCUUCCUACUCUCUGCUCACAAUAAUCAUAGCCCAUCUGACAGGCCUCCGGCCUGGAGAGUUUGUCCACUUCCUGGGGGAUGCACAUGUGUAUCUUGACCACAUCGACUCCCUCAGGCUACAGCUCCAAAGAACGCCCCGAGAGUUCCCAAAGCUCUUUGUUAAUCCAAAGGGAACAAGAGUGGAAAUCGAAGACUUCGAGUUCGAGGACUUCGAGCUUGUGGGGUACAACCCUCAUCCUCCAAUCCAGAUGAACAUGAGCGUCUGA